UUGUCUCUCUUCCAUUAAGAUUCCAAUACUGAAUAUUCAGAUGAAAAUAUUCCCAGCUCUCUGUACUGUCGCAGGAACCAUAUUCUCCUGUACAAACUACUUUGGUGUCAUCUUCACAGGUGGAGUUGGCAAAAAUGGAUCCACUAUAGCAGGAACAAGUGUCCUUUCACCUUUCCUUCAUAUUGGGUCAGUGAUCGCAUUAGCUGCAAUGAUCUACAAGAAAUCUGCUGUGCAGCUCUUUGAAAGGCAUCCUUGCUUAUAUAUACUUACUUUUGGUUUUGUAUCUGCUAAGAUAACAAAUAAACUAGUGGUUGCACACAUGACCAAAAGCGAGAUGCAUCUGCACGACACAGCAUUCAUAGGCCCAGCACUAUUGUUUCUGGACCAGUAUUUUAACAGCUUUAUUGAUGAGUAUAUUGUACUCUGGAUUGCCCUGAUCUUUUCUCUCUUUGAUUUGCUUCGAUACUGUGUGAGUGUGUGCAAUCAGAUUGCUGCCCAUCUGCACAUCCACGUAUUCCGGAUCAAGUCCUCCUCUGUGCAUUCUAAUCACCAUUAGUAAAACAGGGAGUCACCCUAAGGAGAAACACCAAGAGUUGGUUUUCUACGUGAACGGAUGUGAAGAUAUGUAGGAGACUUAAGGCAAAAAGCAGAUAAGAACAAAGUAAUUUAUAAUAAUCAAUGUUGUAUAACUUUUAUUCUUUGUUAUCAGUAACACUCCUUAACUAGUCUCCUGCCUGAGAGAGUGAAUUCCAAGUAUUACACCCUAGUCAGCUCUACAUGUAGUCGACUCUGUUGGUUCCAAGCCUGGGAAAGCAUGCAGGGAGUAAUGCUCUGUCUUUGUAAUUACCUUGAUUACAAAAUAAUCUAUAUAUGGUGAAUGGAUCCCCAACAACUCAAGUUUCUAAUGUAGUAGAAUUACAGCUGCAAUACGACUUGCUUUUAAUUUUAAUAUUUCAUCAUCUCUUAGUGAAAUACUUGUUUAGUGUCCACUUGAAAUUUAUUUACUAAAGACCUGAGCAGGUUAAACCAGAGAUAUCGCACUAGCUUGUGUAGCUGAAGCAGCUGUCGAGGUUUGAGUCCAGACUGAUGUGGUUCUUUUGCUUAUACAUUGCUGAUAAAGCGGUUUCUUGCUAAAGAAUAACGGGUUAAACAGGGUUCUGCAAGCAGAAGGGGUGACCAGCAUGCAAAAUAGUGUGGUAUCUUUGUCAAUUAAUUUUAUUUUUUUAAAUAAACAUUAUCUAAAAAGACAACUUAUUUCUCAAUUUUCUUCAG